GAAACUCCUAUUUUUGGAACUUGUUUCUUGUUUUACUCCUAUCUAAGGCAAAUACUUGAACAAAAACCAGACAAAAAUAAUAGAGGCUCCCCUCGCGCCAGCAUUCACCAACCACAGAACCUCACCUCUCUUCCGUAUCUUUAAGCCGCCUCUCAACAAACGCUAACACAGAUUGCUACCAUGUCUGGAAGCGGCGUCGUGACGGUCUACGGAAACGGCGCCAUCGCCGAGACGGCUACCAAGCAGUCCCCCUUCUCCGUCAAGGUGGGCCUUGCCCAGAUGCUCCGCGGCGGCGUUAUCAUGGACGUCGUCACACCCGAGCAGGCCCGCAUCGCCGAGGAAGCCGGCGCUUGCGCCGUCAUGGCCCUCGAACGCGUCCCCGCCGACAUCCGUGCCCAGGGAGGCGUCGCCCGCAUGUCUGACCCUCAGUUGAUCAAGGAGAUCAAGCAGGCCGUCACGAUUCCCGUCAUGGCCAAGGCCCGAAUCGGGCAUUUCGUGGAGGCUCAGAUCCUCGAGGCUCUCGGCAUCGAUUACGUCGACGAAUCGGAGGUUCUCACCCUCGCGGACGACCAGAACCACAUCAAUAAGCACAAUUUCCGCAUCCCCUUCGUCUGCGGCUGCCGGAACCUCGGCGAAGCGCUCCGCCGCAUCCGCGAGGGCGCCGCCAUGAUCCGGACCAAAGGUGAGGCCGGCACUGGAAACAUUAUCGAGGCCGUCCGCCACGUCCGGUCCGUCAUGGGAGACAUCCGAGUGCUCAGGAACAUGGACGAUGACGAGGUUUUCACUUUCGCGAAGAAGAUUCAGGCACCUUAUGACCUUGUGAUGCAGACCAAGCAACUGGGAAGGCUCCCGGUGGUUCAAUUCGCAGCCGGAGGGGUGGCUACACCUGCUGAUGCGGCGCUUAUGAUGCAGCUCGGCUGCGACGGCGUCUUCGUCGGAUCAGGGAUUUUCAAGAGCGGCGACCCGGCCAGGAGGGCGCGGGCAAUUGUACAGGCGGUGACACACUACAGCGACCCAGAAGUGCUGGCUGAGGUUAGCUGUGGGAUUGGAGAGCCAAUGGUUGGGAUCAAUCUCAAUGAUCACAAGGUGGAGAGGUAUGCCAAUCGUUCUGAAUAAGAAUUUCCCCCUCAAAAAGGCUAUAGAAUGAUCCAAUUUAGUUUCUGCAGAGGUUCUUAUGGAAAUCUAAGUGUAUUGCUCAAAAUAUUUGAUUCAUACUUUGUAUGAACCGUAGUAUGUUUGUGGUGAUUUUUGUUUUAAGUUUCAGUGAAGGUGUUUACUUUUUGUAAUCCAUUGUCAUGGAAGGGAUCUGAGAUGUAUUCUCAAGCCCUCCCUAAUGCUCUUGUGAUGCAUUGUUUUUCACACUGCUUUGGAAUUUGAAAUUUUGUGCUUGAAAUUUAUCUAGAAAAGGAUAGUAUCAAGAAAAUUUAAUGUCAGUUUCUGGAGUAGGGCGAAAAGGUCUUUCCAAAGUA